CUUUAAUCUAGUGUUAUAAGUCGUUUACCAAGUCCCGGAUAGAAUUACUCUGUUCCAAUAAAUAGAUAUACCCUUUCCACUAAUAGCAGUGGAACAGAUCAUGAAAUCUCUCUGUUACCAUGACAGAAGAAAGAGGUUAUUGUUAGUUGUGCUGAGCCUUUCAUUACUCAAUUCUUUUUGGAUAAUAAACUUUUAUAUUUCCAUUCUUUCUAUUUCAUCCUCACAAGAUGUCUAUGUGAAGCCACUGACCAGAUUAAUUUACAAUUUGUCCUUUCUAAAUGACACACAAGAUUUUCGGUUACUGGUGAACUUGUCAAAUUUUAGUUUUGUGAUGAAUAAUAAACGAUGUGAUAGUAUCAGCGAACUCUUCAUGGUAGUGUUUGUCCACAGUGCCCCAAAACAUUAUCACAACCGUCAGACUAUCAGGCAGACUUGGGGACAGGAGACCAACCUUGUGAACGAUCCUUUCCGAGUUGUGUUUCUCAUAGGAAAGGCGCAGGACCAAAGUGUUCAGUUGGCACUGGAGGAGGAAAACCACAUCCACCGAGACAUCAUUCAAGGAAAUUUCAUUGACAGUUAUCGAAACCUUACAUACAAAUACGUAAUGGGACUGAAAUGGGUGACUUAUUUUUGUCGUCAUGUCAAAUAUGUGUUCAAAACUGACGACGAUAUCUUCGUCAAUAUCUUCCAACUAGUUAAAUAUCUGAAAGACUCCUUUGGCACGACACCGACAGGAGGAUUAGUGGUGUGUUAUCUCAUUAAAAAACCUUUUGUGAAAAGAAGCCAAAGAAGUAAAUGGCACGUGAGUUUCACAGAAUAUCCAUGGAAGUACUACCCACCAUAUUGUUCUGGAUGGGCAGUUUUGAUGUCUCCUGAUGUGAUAUUUAGUCUUUAUAUACAAUCUUCCCGGGUUCCUUACUUCUGGGUUGAUGACGUUCAUGUGUCCGGCACGCUUGUCAAGAAGCUAGGAGUAUCUCACGUGGAUCUAACAGACACAAUGACCAUUAAUCGAGCAGAUAUCGCUAGGUGGCUUGGAAGUAACGUCAGCAAUUUACCCCCCUUCUUUGGUCAUCCCGAUGUGGAUAGAGAGACAAUUUACGCUUUAUGGACUAAAACCUUGUUAUAUUACAAUAUCAUCGAAACUCAUUGGUAGAAUUCGCAGAAGAUCUACGUAAAGGGAACCGUAAAACGAGAAAAUCGAUAGGCCAGACCUAAAAAAAAUCGUAUUACAAAACUACUUGUUAAGUUACUAAUUCGUACGGAUAAUUAUUCGCACGCACACA